AUGGAACAUAAACGCAGAGGACCGUACGGGAAAAGAAAAUUAAAAAGCGGCAUUGGAAAUCCUGAAAUAAGUUUAAAUGAUCCAGACGAUGGUAUCCUUACUUUAAAUAAAAAUGUUGAUGGAGUUUUAGAGGUCGAUGAUCUCUGCAAAAGAAGCCGUCCCAAUACCAUUAAAGCCGUAACAGACGAAGAGCAGACGAAUGGUGCUGGCGCAAGAACUCAUCCUUUAGAAGUAGGCAUUGAUUAUGCAGAUGUGUCCGGCUUGGAGGAUGAUAGUCCUUCUGGACAUGUAUAUGCGCACUCACUCCUGAGGGACAGACAUUCAGAAAAUCAACCUGCUCGGGAGGACAUCUAUGCGGAAAAUGUACCUGCACAUGAUGACAUUUAUUCGGAAAACGAACCUGCACAGGAGGACAUUAAUUUGGAAAAUGUACCUGCACAGGAGGACAUUAAUUUGGAAAAUGUACCUGCACAGGAGGACAUUAAUGCAGAAAAUGUACUUGAACAGGAGGAUGACAUCCCUAACUUGUUUGACUAUGACUCAGAUUUAGACCUUAAUAGUCAAGAUAAAAGUGAGAUUUUGAACUCUCAGCACGUAGCAGCCGAAUCUGAUGUUGAUCCAUUAUAUCCAGGAGCUUCAUUGACAGUGGGAGCAAUUAUGUUAUUGCUUGCACUGUUUUUUACAAAACAUAAUAUUGUUGGAGAUGGUAUUCAGCAGCUGUUGAAUAUCUUUGCAAUUGCACUUCCUAAUGGACAUAAAAUGUGCACAAGUUUACAUGGCUUUAAAUCAUUUUUCAAAAAUUUGAAAAACCCUAUAGUAAAACAUUUCUACUGUGGACAUUGCCUUGGAUUUAUUGUGAACAGUCAAAUUAAUCAGUGUCCAUAUGGUGCAUGUAAAAAGCAACUGAACCAAGAUGGUGAAUACUUCCUCGAAAUGCCAAUAGAUAAACAGAUAGCAUCUUUAUUACAACAAGAAGGAUUCUACAACAGCUUACAGCAUCGCUUCAAGAACUCUGUACCAGAAAAAUUUUGUGACAUUUAUGAUGGCAGUCUUUACCAGAAAUAUGUUGACAAUGACGGACCACUUGCUAAUCCAGAUAAUAUUUCAUUCACCUUUAACACUGAUGGUGCAUCUGUUUUUAAAAGUAGUAAUGUUUCAGUCUGGCCGUUAUUCCUUGUAAUUAAUGAAUUGCCAUACAAACUAAGAAUGAAAGCAGAAAAUAUGAUAUUGGCAGGAUUAUGGUUUGGUAAAUCAAAACCAGCCAUGGGAACAUUUUUACAACCAUUCCUUAAAACAUUUAAAACUUUUGAAAAAGGAUUAAAUGUUUCGUCCCCAGAUCGCGGUGAAUUUAUAUGCAAAGCAUAUCUUCUUUGUGGCACAGCAGACUUGCCAGCAAGAUGUCUUCUCUGUAAUGGGAUUCAGUUUAAUGGAUCAUUUUCAUGCUGGAAAUGCCUACAAAGUGGUGAAACAGCAAAAGUUGGUAAAGGGCAUACCCAUGUAUUUCCUUUCCACUCUGAUGGACCUAAAUUACCAGCUCGGACAAAAGAAAUGGUUUUGUCAGAUUCGCAAAAGGCGUUGGAUAAUCAAGAAUCAAGUGUUAGAAAAUACAUGGUAAAUGGAGUCAAAGGACCAUCUUGGCUCACCUUUUUCCCAAAAUUUGAUAUAGUGGACGGUAUUGCAAUAGACUAUAUGCACGGCGUCUUAUUAGGAAUACAGAAACUUUUGUUAUCAUUGUGGUUUUCCAGCACUCACAAAGGAAAGCCAUACAAUUUCAUUCAUCGUGUUUCGGAGGUAGAUGCCAGAUUAACGUCAAUACAGCCAACACUAAAUAUUUCAAGAUUGCCAAGAUCAAUUCAGACAGAUAUCAAAUACUGGAAAGCAUCAGAGUACAGGUCAUUUCUUCUUUACUAUGGUGCUCCAGUUCUUAAGGGCAUUUUAGACACCAGUAGAUUUGUUCACUUUUUAUUGCUUGUUAAUGCGAUGCAUAUUUUACUUAUGUCUGGUUCAACAGUGAGUGAUGUCAAUUCAGCCGAGUCAAUGCUAUUUGAGUUUGUUAAACAAUUCUCAACAUUAUAUGGCGCUUGUUUUAUGACACUGAAUCUCCAUCAGCUUGUUCACUUGGCAGAUAGUGUACGGACAUUGGGACCUCUCUUUACCCAUAGCUGCUUUCCAUUUGAGGAUAAAAAUGGUGUUUUACUUAAAAUGAUACGAGGGACACAAAACAUUGACAAUCAAAUUAUAACAGGCAUAUCAUUUCUGCAAAAACUACCAGAGCUAAAAGUUAAGACAAUUGUGCGAGGCUCAGAACUUGAAACGCUCUAUAAUUCAAUCGAGAAUCCAAACAUUUUGACAAGAGGAUUAAAGAUUGCAACUAACAUAUACGUACUUGGUGCUGUUAAAGCCCUUUUUAUUUCUGAUGAAGAACAUGCCGCUUUGUGUAGAACAGUAGGAUAUGACCCUGUUUUUGGUGAAAGUAUCAAAUACUUUAAACGACUGGAAUAUAAUGAUAGCUUAAUUUAUGGACUUUCUUAUAGACGCAUGAAAAAACGUGACAAUUCAGCAAUAAGUUAUCAUUUUGUGCAUGGUUUAGAAAAAAACGUAUUGUACGGACGUGUCAGACAUUUUUUACUAGUGGAUAGAAAUGAUGACUUGGAAAAUAACACCUUUGCUGUUGUAGAACAGCUCUCAUGUAAACAUUCAUCUGGUAACAGUAGCAUUGUUUCGGUAACUGAAUCAAAAAAUGUUGUAGUUAUACCAUUGAGAUGCAUAUUAGAGAGUGUAUUGUUUAUUUCAUUCAAUAACACAGACGGAUCAAAAACAGCUUAUGUUUGCAAGUUUUCAAACAAUCUUGAAUGUGACUGAUACCUUGAAUACGUCAUUUUGUAUGUGUAUUUUUUAUAGUUUUUAUCAUGUUCAGAUUUUCACAGAAGAUUAUGCAUGUGUAAGUUGCAUUAUCAAUCAUACAUAUUUUAUGUUAUUAAUACACUCGUAUCAAAUUAUGUCUGAUACGUUUAUCAACUGUUUUAAUGACAUUUCAUAUAAUUUAACAAUAUGCUGGGUAUUUACCGAUUGAAAUUGAAGUAUAAUAAACUAGUUUAAAUGUGUAUUCAGAAUAUUGUUGUUUAUGUUUGAUAACCUAAAUAAUUG